UUCGCAGGGUAGACUUUUUAGCUGAAAUCGACCUUAAGCCCUGUUUGUAAUGCCAUGUUUUUAAUGUUGUUGUUCUUGAGAAUCAUAAUCGGUAACAAACUAAAUUAUUUUCCCCAAAAAACCAAAACCUUCCAACUGGAAUAACAUUACUAGUACUUCAACUGAAAACAGAGAUUCAUUGUCCGCCAUUUUUGUUCUUUAACUUUUGACCUAAUUGAUUGAUUCUUGAUUCGUCGGUUGUCAUGGCGGAGGAGCGACCAAUUAGAGUCCCGUCCACGGCGGCUAUACCUUCCGGCGAAGGAACGGUUUGGGCUGACGUUUCGAAUCUUCUGUCUGUAGCUUGCAAUGAACUUUGCGACGGCGAGCUGAUACACGGUGAAAAUUUUAGUCUUUUUGCUGCUAUGUCUGCUUUAGAGAUAAUGGACCCAAAGAUGGAUUCGGGCAUGGAUAAUGGCAAAUAUCAUUCCAUAGACGAGGCCAUAGAGAGUGGUGCGGCUCCCGUGCCGCUAAACGUUGAUAAAGCCACAGAUGUUAUAUGCAUUCUAGAUAUCAUGGAUCACCUCCUUGCAUGUGAGGCUACGUGGCAUAAGGGCCAUUCAUUGGCACAAACUGUCUUUUCUUGCAUCUACCUAAUGCGGCUCGAUCGUACUUCGUCGCAUCCGCUGUUACAUUCUUUUUGUAGAAUAGUUCGUGCAACAUGCAACACUGUUAUUUCCGUUGUUUCAGAGGCACGGACACAUGAAGAAGAAGAUCUGUUCACAAUAGCUUAUGGUCUCCCUUUGGUGGGAGAAAAAGAUGAAGGAUUCUUAUCUAUGCUAAAUGCUGUAGAAGGGACACUCUGUCGACAAAUGCGUGCUUGUAAAUCUCCAGCUGCCAAAAAGACGGUGGUAGAAGGUUCUUGGAUUGCAGAUCAAGAACCAUUACAAACCAAUCCAGAUCUGGAGGAGGGUUUUUGUCGGGCUCUGUUGUGCCGUUUGCGAUUUCGUAAGCAUUACUACCACCUUCUUAUGUGUAUGAAGAAACCUCAAGGCAAAGGCUUUGAAUUGGCAAGAAAACAUAUUUCAUCUUGCUUGUUAGAGGUGGAACAAAUGCGAAAAUCUGCUGAUUUUCUGAGGUCUAUAGGAUGCUUGACAAGCAAAGAUUCAGUUCCAGUGGAAACCACUGCUUCUGGUCGUUGUCCUGUUGGUUUUGACACUAAUUUAAACAUUCGAACGUCAGCUCCUGCUCCUCCUCGUGCAAUUAAAACUUUAAGCUGGGAUAUGGCUUUGGAAUAUUUCAAAAAGCUUCUCCACGAUUUGGAUGUUAUAUGUUCGUUCUCAUUGGAUCCAUUGCUAGAAAAUGUCUUGCAGUUUAUUGUUGAAUUUCAGAAACUACAACCAGAUCUUGUUGCCAGAGCUCACCUCCAGGUUCUCUUGAUUCAAGAUGGGAAAUUAUAUGGGCGGUAUCCUAUCUUUUUUGUCGUGUGUAAAGCUUCAGCUCUACCUGAAUCUAUGAAGGACCAUGAUAUCCAAAAGAAUGAAGCUGUUAUACAAUUAGGACAGUUUUCAAUCAAUCUGCUCAAAAUCCUUUGCACAAAUGUUGCAUGGCAAAGGCGUAAGCUCGGGAAAGUCUUACAAGAUUGGCGUGUUAUCUAUGUACAGCUGGAACAUGCUUUCAGGGAGCAGUUCGGAGAAUUUUCUGGCAUUUCUGAUGAGAAUGUAUGCAUGAAGCUAGCCAGACACAUACUUAUUUGGGUGGAGGAGCAAACAUAUUGGAUUGCUUUACGUUUUCUUUCCCUGGGCUUUGAUUUGGAGCUUUACUCCCCUAACGAGUAUUGCAUGGUAUAUUGGUACCUCUAUGUCAUACUGGUUAAGCUUGCAGAGAAAACACAUUUAAAGCAGCUUUCAGCCGCUGAGUCAGCUAAACGAAAAGGGAAGAAGAAAAGAGACUCAGUGUUGGAUACAAAGGAUUACCGCAUUCCACCAGUUGUUAUGUUGCUUCAGUGUUAUAUUUUUCUUGCUGAGGGACUUGCAAUGAUGCUUGCAGCCCUCAGAAAUGAACUAAAGCUCUUCCAGCAAGCGGGCCCUUUUAACACUGAAUAUGAGAGAUUUAUUCAACACUUCGAGCAUUUACAGAAAGCUUGUCUGCCUGAUCACAUUUCCUACCAUUCGUUCAAGGAUUACACUGCCCAGGCUCGACUUUCUACACUUGUUGUGUAUAAUCACUUCAAGGAUGCUCAGAAGAUCGUGAAGGAAUUGAAGAAGAGUUAUGCCAAUGACCCUGAUAAAUUGGCUGAACUCCGCUGCAUAGAACAGGUCGCAGAGCGCAACAGCAUUGCUCUAAACGUGAUUAACCGCGUUGGAGCUCUGGACGCUACUCUUAAGAUCUCCUUGGAUUUCACAUACCAUCCCAAUUUUGCCGUAGCAGUCGUUAAAAGAUCAUGAGGCCGCUUGUUCCUGUAAUUUUCUUUUUAUUUUAAGUUUUUUGCUUGCUUUAAUCAUUGUUUAUUGUUCAAGCUAUAUUUUGUGGUACAUGUAAAUCCAUAGUCAUAUUGAUUGUAAAACUUUUGUUUAUUGUUUUAAGAUUUUUAUUCGAAAAAGUCUAAAACGACCCUCGUGUUCGUGGUCGUUUUUGCUACUUAUGACCUUCCAGAAGUGGUAUUACAAUUUUUAAUUUUUGACCGAGCCUAAUAGAGAGACUGGAUCCUUUUUCUUUC